AUGAUCAGUGCCGACGUCGCGAGUCAAUCCUUCGCCAUCACGGAUGGCGUGAUUCUCAUCCUGAUGCUGGUCAUCUCGAUGUGCAUCGGCUUCUACCAUGGCUAUGCCAAUCGCAAGACGCUGAAGACGGAAGCGGAGUACCUGAUGGGCGGCAGAAACAUGAGCGUGGUGCCCGUGGGCAUGAGCAUCCUGGCCAGCACACUGAGUGCCAUCGGCCUGAUGGGUGUGCAGACGGAGAUGUACCUGUACGGCAGCACCUUCGCCUUCUCCUUCUUCCCAUUCCUGGUCACGGCGCUGGUCUUCAACAAGUACAUCCUGCCCAUCUUCUACUCCCUCAACAUCACCUCCAUGUAUCACUAUCUGGAGAAGAGAUUCGACAGACGCGUUCGUCUCUUCGGCUCGAUCUCCUUCCUCAUCCUCUCCACACUCUACAUGCCAAUUCUCCUCUACGUCCCAAGUCUGUCGCUCAAUCAAGUCACUGGCACCAAUGUUAACAUCACCAGCGCCAUUCUGGUAUCAAUCGUGGUUCUUUACACCUGUGUAGGUGGCUUCCGUGCGACCGUUUGGACGGAUGUUUUCCAAACAGUCGCGAUGUUCGGGGCGAUAAUUGUGGUGCUAAUCAAAGGCACGGUGGAGAUUAGCGAUGAAAUGGGCUUCGAAGGCAUCUUUCGCAGCACUUACGACAGGGAUCGCUAUGAGUUUCCCACAUUUAACAUUGAUCCCACAAUUCGGCACUCCUUCUGGUCCAUCACCUUCGGCGGCGUCGGAUACUGCGGCUACAUCUUUUGCAAUCAGAACGUCGUGCAGCGUUACCUCUCGCUACCCUCCAUCGAGAAGGUGCACCGCGCCGCCUGGCUGAGUGUGGGCAUCUUCGUCACCAUAUACUUCCUCAGCAUCUACGGCGGUUCACUGCUGCUGGCCACGUUCAAUGACUGCGACCCGAAGAUGGCAGGUCUGAUCCGCGAGCACGAUCAGCUCAUUCCCUUCUUCGUGCUCCUCAUUUCGCGCAACCUCCCGGGAUUGGCGGGCAUCUUCAUCGGCGGAAUGUUCUGCGCCGCGCUCAGCUCCAUGUCCACCUUCCUCAACUCCAUGGCGGCCGUGGUGCUGGAGGACUUCUUCAAGCCCCUCUCGCGGAAGGAUCUCAGCAUGCGCGCCAAGAAUUGGAUCAUGAGGGGCGUCGUGGUGGUCUUCGGCCUCCUCUGUGUCCCACUCACGGCCAUCGCCGAGAAAUCCAACACGAUCAUGCAGCUCACGAACAGCUUCGAAGGCGUCACGAGUGGAUCUGUUCUGGGCAUCUUCAUCCUGGGCAUCUUCUUCCCCACCAUCAACGGAAGCUGCGCCCUCGUGGGCGGCAUUGCCGGCCUGAUCCUCAUGGGCUGGAUCAGCUUCUCCGCCCAAACGGCCAUCGCGGCGGGCGAUAUAGUGUUCGAGACGAAGCCUCUCUCGCACGAAGGCUGUCCCGAUCUCUUCAACAUCACCGUCAAUCUCAACGAGACGUCUUUAGAGGCGGAAAGAUCCUACGUCUUUCCUCUGUUCCGGAUAUCCUAUCUGUUCUACAUUCCACUGGGAAUCGUCACAACAGUGACUGUGGCCUUCCUGAUGCGCUACUUGACCGGCGGCAACAAGCCCGGAGACGUGGACGCCACACUGAUCUCGCGCCUCGUGCACUCGCGCGACACUGAUGUGAACGAGAUCGCCAGGAGUCAGGACAUCAUUGAGGAGAAGAUUGAUCUCAUGCCGAAGGACGAGCGGACGCUGUCCAGAGUGAAAAUCACCAAGUAG